ACCUCUAGGCAGGGGCGGACUGACCAUUUGGAAACUCGGGCACUGCCCGAGGGCCUGGGGUCAGUAGGGGGCCCCAUGAGAUGCCCCUGGUACCUUUUUCAUAGGCUUUUUUGAGUUUGGGCAAGGACACAGGGGCCCGAUGAUCCCCUAUUGCCCGGGGUCCCCAUGAGUUGUCAGUCCGCCCCUGCCUCUAGAAGUGUGGAUCAGCAUCCUUAGCAGGUCUGAAUCUGAUUGGCUGUUUGUAGGAAA